AUGGUAAUGUGGAUUUUUUUCCUGGAGAUUCUGAUGCACUGCUUGUCCCUGGAGGUCCUGACACAACUGCCUGCUCAGCCCGAAAACUGCUCUGACCGAAGCCAGAAGAUCAGCCUUAGUCAUUCAUACAAGAUUAAUGUGCCUGAGUCCUUUCAGUUCAAGAUAGAACCAGACCCAGACUCUCUCCAAGACGACAACCACAUGUUGUUCACUAAUGGCGAAGUGGAUGAGGGCGAGGAGCAAAACAUUAUAUUCAGGCACAACAUUCGGCUGCAAGCUCCCAAAGGAGACUGUGAAGUUCUUGGACACCUCAAAGCUUUGCUGGAAAGACUGGAAAAGUUAGAACUAGAAGUGGUACAUCUGAAAGGGAUCUGUAACCCUCAAAGGUGUUGUGGAAGAGGGCAAGGUGUAUCAUCCUGCAGUGGCCAUGGCACUUUUAUUCAAGAGAUCUGCAGCUGCAACUGCGAGGAAGGCUGGGAAGGGCAGAACUGUUCCCAACCCACAUGCCCAGGAAAUUGCAGUGGUAACGGGCGUUGUGUUGAUGGCCGGUGUGUUUGCAGUGCCCCUUACGCUGGUGAUGACUGCAGUCAGCUCCUGUGUCCUGAGAACUGCAGUGGAAAUGGGGUCUGUGUCAGUGGGGUAUGUCAGUGUUACCAGGAGUUCACUGGAGAGGACUGCAGUGAGAAGAGGUGCCCUAAAGACUGCAGUGGCCAUGGGUACUGUGACAGUGGCGAGUGCUACUGUGAGGAUGGUUUCACAGAGCUAGACUGCUCUAAAGUGCUUGCUCCAUGGAAUGUCCAUCUCCUUAAAACCACAGAAAAUUCCCUAGCCAUUGGCUGGGAUAAGAUGACAGAUGUGGACUAUUACCUCAUCAGCUACUUUCCUGUUGGGGAAGAGGCCUCGGUGAAACAAGUACAGGUGCCCAAAGAUCAGACAAGUUAUGAGAUUCUGGGUCUGUUUCCUGGCACUGAAUAUAUAAUCACACUUCGCAAUGUAAAAAAGGAUGUUUUCAGUGAACCGGAACUCCUGCAAGGUACCACAGUUGUGUCUGCCAUUGGGCCUAUCUGGGUGACAGAAGAGACGGAGAACUCCUUGGAAAUGGAGUGGGAAAACCCGGCAGCAGAAGUGGAUUACUACAAACUGAGGUUCAGCUCCUUGCCUGGGGAGGAGAAGGAAGUGGUGGUUCCCAAAAGUAAUGACGCCAAGAGCAGAUAUAUCCUCACAGGUUUGAAGCCAGGAACCAAGUAUAAGAUCACUAUCACAUCUGUGAGGAAUGAGGUUGAAGGCAAGCCGUCCUCUGUACAUGGCUGGACAGGUAUAAACAAAAACUUUUGCAGCUUAUUUGAAGACAAAGUCCUGAAGUCCAUCAUUACUGUCCAGGCUGAUAUGUUUUUUCUGCUGGCUGGUGAUGUGCUGAAGUGCACCAGUGCAAGCACUGGGGCACAGCAGCAUGUCCAGCAGAAGACCCUGACUAUAAUCCCGUGUGAAAUUGAUGGCCCAACUCAUUUAGUAACUGACGGAGUAACAGAAAACACAGCUACCAUUUCUUGGAAUAGAGCCCAGGCUCCCAUUGAUGGCUAUGUGGUGAGCUACACCUCAGCUGGUGGUGACACCAAACAGAUAUCCGUUGACAAGGACAACAGAACCACCACUCUUAUGGAUUUGAAGCCUGGCAUGGACUACACUAUCCACAUCUGGGCUGUGAAGGGAACUCAGCAGAGCAGAAGGGCAAGCACAGAAGCUGAAACAGAAAUAGAUGGCCCCACCAACCUGAAAACAGACCAAGUGACAGAAAACACAGCCACUGUCUCUUGGAACAAGGCCCGGGCACCCGUAGAACGGAACAUCCUCAGCUAUACAUCCGCCGAUGGAGAAACCAGAGAGAUAGUUGUUGGGAAGGACAACAUCAAGACUACCUUGACAAACCUGAAGCCAGGCAUGGAAUAUGUUCUCCACAUCUGGGCAGUGAAGGGAAGCCAGCAGAGCAAGAGGGCAAGCACAAAAACCGUGACAGAUAUUGAUCCACCAAAGAAUAUCCGUGUAUCAGAUGUGACACAGUCCAGUGGAGUAGUCACUUGGAUGCCCCCAGAUGCUGAAAUCAGUGGCUAUCUUCUCACCUAUCAAGAUCCACUUGGCCCAAGUAAGGAAGUGCGACUAGGAGCAAAUGAUCAAAAGUUUGUUCUAGAAGGCUUGAGUCGCGGUACUAAGUACACCAUAUACAUUACAGCCUUUAAGGGAGACCGCUGGAGUCAAAAAGCAACCACCACCUUUUCUACAAUCAGUUUGCGUUAUCCCUACCCUGCGGACUGCAGCCAAACCCAGCAAAAUGGUCAUUCCAUCAGCGGCCUAUAUACUAUCUACCUGAAUGGCGAGAGCAAUAGACCCCUUGAAGUAUAUUGUGACAUGACCACCGAUGGAGGGGGAUGGAUAAUGUUUCAGCGGAGGUCCACAGGGCAGCUGGAUUUCUCUAAAAAAUGGAAGAAUUAUGUUGAAGGCUUUGGAAGUCCUUCUGGAGAAUUUUGGCUUGGACUUGAAAAACUGCAUAACCUCACCAGGUCUGCCCACAUUCCCUAUGAGCUGAGGGUGGAUUUACAGACUCACAAUGAGUCAGCCUAUGCCAUGUAUGACCUCUUCCAAGUGGGCUCCAGCAGAGACCGAUACAAGCUGUCUUUGGGAAACUACAGAGGCACUGCUGGGGAUGCCAUGACUUACCAUAAUGGUAGGAAAUUUACAACCUUAGACAGGGACAACGACAUAGCUAUCACCAACUGCGCUCUAACACACCACGGUGGCUGGUGGUAUAAGAACUGCCACCUGGCUAAUCUCAAUGGGAAGUAUGGAGAUCACAAGCACAGCGAGGGAGUUAACUGGGAGCCAUGGAAAGGCCAUUUAUAUUCCAUCCCUUACACUGAGAUGAAGAUCCGCCCACAUUCACGUAGCUCUGAGCCAAUCUUGAGCAGAAAACGGAGAUCUCUGGCUGUGGAGAGGAAGGAGCCUAGAGUUUAA